UUCCAUGAUUUGUUUUCCUGUCACGUGACUCGGCAGCUGCGUCCACUUCCUGGCUCCCUCCGUUCGCAGCCAUGAUGCAGGAAGGGCUGGACGACGGACCCGACUUCCUCUCCGAGGAGGACCGGGGAACCCGAGCGGUAAAUGUGGAACUGGAAAUGGACCCCACGCUGCAGGUGGACAUCUCUGACGCUCUGAGCGAGAGGGACAAGGUGAAGUUUACCGUCCACACCAAGAGCAACCUCCCCACCUUCAAACAAAACGAGUUCUCUGUGGUCCGACAACACGAGGAGUUCAUCUGGCUGCACGACUCGUUCGUGGAAAACGAAGACUAUGCAGGAUACAUCAUCCCUCCAGCCCCCCCCAGACCUGACUUUGACGCGUCCAGAGAGAAGCUGCAGAAACUGGGCGAAGGAGAAGGGUCCAUGACGAAGGAGGAGUUUACCAAGAUGAAGCAGGAGCUGGAGGCAGAGUACCUGGCCAUCUUCAAGAAGACCGUCGCCAUGCAUGAGGUCUUCCUCUGCCGCGUCGCAGCUCAUCCCAUCCUAAGGAAGGACCUGAAUUUCCACGUCUUCUUGGAGUACAACCAGGAUCUGAGCGUACGAGGGAAGAACAAGAAGGAGAAACUGGAGGAUUUCUUUAAGAAUGUGGUGAAGUCGGCUGAUGGCGUUCUGGUGGCUGGGGUCAAGGACGUGGAUGAUUUCUUCGAGCAUGAAAAGACGUUUCUAUUAGAAUAUCACAACAGAGUGAAAGACGCCUCAGCCAAAUGUGACCGAAUGAUCCGCACACAUAAAAAUGCUGCUGAUGACAUGAACAGGAUCGCCUCGUCUCUGUACACGUUAGGAACACAAGACUCCACGGACCUCUGCAAGUUUUUCCUGAAGGUAUCUGAGCUGUUUGAGAAAACCAGAAAAAUUGAAGCUCGAGUGGCGGCGGAUGAAGACCUGAAGCUGGCCGACCUGCUGAAAUAUUACCUGAGAGAGUCACAGGCUGCUAAGGACCUUCUGUACCGGAGGAGCCGGGCGCUGGUGGACUAUGAGAACGCUAAUAAAGCUCUGGACAAAGCUCGGGCUAAAAACAGAGACGUGUUGCAGGCAGAGACCAACCAGCAGCUCUGCUGCCACAAGUUUGAGAAGAUCUCUGAGUCUGCCAAGCAAGAACUCAUCGAUUUCAAGACGAGAAGAGUGGCAGCAUUCAGGAAGAACCUGGUGGAGCUGGCCGAGCUGGAGCUCAAGCAUGCCAAGGGAAACUUGCAGCUACUGCAGAGCUGUGUAGGCGUCCUGAAAGGAAACACUUAACCGUCCGACCCGCCUGCAGCCAGCUGGACACGCCGCUGUGAGGGCAGAGCCUGCAGGAACGGACAAACACUGAGAACCGCGGACCAGACCGACAGCCGAGGGUCGCAAAUGACACCAAGUCUGUUUUCCUUAUCACCACCACCCCACCCACCCUCUAAUGAGACACCAUGCUUGAUCUUCUGGUUCAUUAUCAGAACUUCAACUCAGACACUGGUCCUACCGGCCGAAUGCAAGCCAUGCAACACUCCUGCUGUGCUUUUAUUCUAGACUAGUAGAACCAGAAGUCCAUUUACAGCCUUUAUUUCCCCUAAAUAUGCCCUUCAUUAAAAAGUAAUCCCAUAUGAUUACCCAUAGAAAAAUCAGGUUAAUCUGAUCUCUACAGUCUGGAUCCAGUGCAGCUCCUCGGCUGUAGGACAAACCAUCAGUAGUGGUGCUGAGUUUAAGCACUAAGAACUCUUUUAAAUAGCCUAAAUGAAAUACCUUAUAAUCUGAAGAUAGAUGCAAUGAGCUGAUAAAUCUGUUAGAUCACUAAUCCACACUCGCUAUAAACCAACCAGAAGCAUAAAGAGAUGUAGAGCAAGGUACGAAGCAUCCUGUCGGUCCUUACCGACUGCUUCUGACAAGUUCCUGGGUGACCUCCAGGGUCUAAAGGUGAAGUUAUUUUCUACUGAAAGAAAUCAAAAGGAAACUCCAUGAGGAAAAAAACAAAAAAAACAUAUCAAGUAAUAAAGCGUCAAACAUCAGUGGAACAUGACACCCAAACAUUUCUAGCGUCUCACAUGUUCUCCUUCCAUAUUCUGUCAGAUUUUUCUCCUGAUUAAAUAUGUUACAUAUUUGACCUUAGCUGGACGGUUACUGAAGUACAGGUAGCCAAAUCAGUAAAAAGAAAAACAUACUUCAAAGGUUUCUAUUCUGUUUUUUUUUUUACACAUGAGAAGUUUUGUUGUUACCCGUCCACGCCGCCCUCCUCGGUUGUCAUGCCGAUGCUUGUACAUCUGGGAGCUGUUUCGAUGUGUUUCCGCUGAUGUGUGCAGAUGGGAGCCAGCUCUUAGUACCUGUUCUAGUUAGUGUCAUUAAAGAAGAAAAAUCUAUGACACACAACUUGUACUUAUUUGUAUUAACCAAUGAAUGCUAAUCGUCUGUUGCUUCGGUUUUGUCUAGAGAUGCUUGUUUUCCAUUCCAGUCGAUGGUGGAGCUUCACUCUGUUUGCCUUAAUGUCAGUCGUUCCGUUUGACUUUUCAAAACGAAGAGAGAAAACUUCAGAAUGCAUGUUUUCUUGUGUGUUAUUUUCCUUUGUAUGAAUGUUUAUUUUUUUUCACUCUUUUGUGACCAAAGCUUCCAUCACCAAUUAAAGAUGAACGAUUAUUAACGGCGAUGUGAUGAAACGGUGCAGAUUUAAAUGAAUGAUUUUGAAAUUUGAACGUUUUACUUGUUUAAUCUUCAGCAGGUCUGUAAUCCACCACAGCCAUCCGGAUUCAAUUAAACUUUAUGGACACUUUUCUUACAA